UCUUUCACAACAGACAGAAAUGACUGUUUUCAGUUCUCAGAUGCGCUGAGCAAUUUCUUCCUGAGUUACUUUGAGUUGCCUUCCCAGUUUAGAUUGGCAGUGACUAAUGGCGAACAGAGCUCAUGCCGAAGAUAAAACUCUACAAUCCAUCUGCUACAAACGCGGCUCUCUCCAGCUCCUUGAUCAGAGGAAGCUUCCAUUAGAGACAAUUUAUUUGGAUAUAAAAACUGCACAAGAUGGAUGGGAUGCAAUAAAAGAAAUGGUAGUCCGGGGUGCACCUGCAAUUGCUAUAGCCGCUGCACUCUCUUUGGCUGUAGAAGCAUCUAACAUAGAGGCCUUUAAUGGGACAGCUCAAGAUGCAAAAUUUUUCCUUAGCCAGAAAUUAGAGUACCUUGUCUCAAGCCGCCCAACAGCUGUUAAUCUGUCAGACGCUGCCACAAAGCUUAAUGAAGUUAUUCAGAAGGCGGCUUCAACUGCUUCAGAGGCCAGAGCUGUUUUCGAGGCUUAUAUUGAGGCUGCUGAAAUUAUGCUGAAGGAUGAUGUUACUUCCAAUAAAGCAAUUGGGUCACAUGGAGCUUCUUUUCUACAAAAUCAGCUAACAGACUCUGGGAAGAUAUCAAUAUUAACCCAUUGCAACACUGGCAGCCUGGCAACAGCUGGAUAUGGAACUGCUCUGGGUGUGAUUAGGGCUGUCAAUACUUCUGGAACUCUGGAAAGGGCUUAUUGCACUGAAACACGCCCUUUCAACCAGGGGUCCAGACUGACAGCAUUCGAGUUGGUUAGUGAAAACAUUCCCGCCACCCUUAUAGCAGAUUCUGCUGCAGCUGCUUUGAUGAAAUCUGGUCGUGUGAAUGCUGUCAUUGUUGGAGCUGACCGUGUUGCUGCAAACGGUGAUACCGCGAACAAGAUUGGGACCUACAGCCUUGCUGUUUGUGCUAUGCAUCAUAAUAUACCAUUUUACGUGGCUGCUCCCCUGACUUCUGUUGAUCUAUCCUUACCUUGUGGAGAACAAAUUGUGAUAGAAGAAAGAUCUCCUAAAGAGCUGUUGAAUACACAUGGAGGACUGGGUGAACAAAUUGCUGCUUCUGGUAUUUCUGUUUGGAAUCCAGCUUUUGAUGUUACCCCAGCAAAUUUAAUAAGUGGCAUAAUCACUGAAAAGGGUGUUAUCACGAAAGACAGGACCAAUGCUUUUGAUAUUGCUGGCUUUCUUGUGCACAAGGCCUCGGGAAAUGUAUAAUAUCUGUGUUGGGGAAGAAGGUUUCUAUUGUUAUCUUAAUAAUGACUAGGUGAUGUAAGCAAGUGGAUUGUCUGGGAGUUUCCUCUUGGUUCAAAAUUGACGGGCAAAUAGCACAUACGGUGUUUUGAGCUGAGCAUGUAUGGAAAAUUAAAAAUAAACAAUUGGAAAAGUAAUCAAGAGAAAGAUCAAAUAGUGACAGUGUAGAGCUCCAAGUAACGAAUAUGUUUGCUUGAGAAGAUGGCUGACCUUGCUCUCUUUUUCCGUCGAUGGAGAACUCGAUCUUCAAAGGGGACAAAAGAAACUAUCAGCAAGGUUAAAAGAGAGAAAUUAGUCUCUUCCGUGUCUGAAGGCUCGUCUGUAGCCGGAAGAGUGCCUUUUUUUUUGCUGAGCGAAUAAGUCAUAUGUUUUAUUAAGUUCUAAGUAAACACUAAUUAAUGAAUGAAUGGUUAAGUCAUCAAUCCCAUUAAGUCAAUUAAGUCCUAAGUAAACAGCCCCUUAAUGUUCUUUGAACUCAGAUGCUUUGUGAUCCUCUCCAGUUUGUACUACCUAUGCAUUUGAAGAACUUUUAAAUCUUCAA